CAAAACAUGGCGGCGGUAAACACAGACUCCAAAGCCACCGGAGAGCAAAUUAAAGCCAUUUUACGCCGCUGCAGGGGUCGACCCCGGCUGACAGAUGCGGAUCGGGCACAGCGGCGGCUGGAAUCGCGGAAGAAGUACGAUGUGCGGCGGGUUUAUCUGGGAGAAGCACACCAGGUCUGGAGCGAGCUGCGCCGGCGCACGAGUAUGAGCGACGCGGGGCUCGCCGAGUAUUUAAUCCUUCUUAAUUCGGCAUAUGGAGAAAAAUACCAGCAGAAAUACGGCAGGAAGAAAUCCAUUCCUGAACAAUGCAGCAGUCACAGGAAAGGGAAGAAGGUGUCUGCCACCAGCUUGCAGAGCGUGGUGAACUGGUACCAGUGUCACCUCCAGUCCUGCCCGCAUGAGCCUGAGCUGCAGGCGGUGGAGCCCACUGUGGGUUUAUCUACAUCUGCACUGUGGCAGUGUGUGGCUGGUCACUCGUUUGUGCAGUACCUGUCUUGGCCUGCAGGGGGUGAGUCUGAGUCAGACGUGGAGGACAGUGCUGUGGAGAAAGAUGAGGAGGACAGGCCUCCAGAGAAGAAAGCUGCUGACAGUGAGCGUAUCAACACCAGGAGAAGGAGAUUGCAAAACCACGGGCAGCUUCAGGAUGCAGUCAAUGAGUUGGCAGACGAUGAUGAACAUGCGUCCCAGAUGGACCAUCAGAUGACCUGCACAUCCCUCAAUGAUCUCCCUGGUUCCCCUGCGGCCCACAGCAGUCCUCCCGCCUCAGAGCACUGUCUGGGUGACCAGGCCGUGUGGGAGAUGGAGGUGCUCAUGAACCGAGAAGCCGAGUCUGAUGGAAAAGCCUCGGAUCGGGAUGCGGCGAGAGAGGCGGACCCUGUCACAGAGCAGGCGGAUGGUUCAAGAACAUUAGAAAACAAGGAAAAAGGUAGAGGGGGCUCGGAGGAGAGAUAUGAAUGCAUGGUUGUCACAGCGCCCUUGACGGACAGGCGGGAGAGGGAGGAUGGAGAUGAUAGUUCUGGAAAAGGUGUAGAGGAGAGCAUCCCAUCGUUAGCAGCCUCCUCAGCGCAGAGCGAACUAUUUGAGGGUCAGGAUCUGCAGACGGUGAUGGGCGAAUGUGAACUACCGGACCAGCACUCUACUCUAGAAGGAUCUCAGCUGAUCAUAAUUACAGGCCCCAGUUAUGAGGCUCUGGCGUCUGAAGGCAUUCAGCUGAACGUGGGCAGCGGUGAUGUUGAGGAGGUCACAUGUACUCUGAUUGGAGACAUGUCGUAUAAUCAGAUGUGCCAGUCAGAAGCGACGUCACAGCCCAACAUCGACACAGAUCUGGGUGAGAAGCAGUUGUUGGAUCCCAGUGAAGAAACGCACUGUCCGAAGGAGCUUCAGCAAUCUCUCAGUAGGUCUAAGAGGAGCCGAAGGGGUCCAGUAAUCGAGGCAGAUGGCAUGCUGAAAAUGUUUCACUGUCCGUAUGAAGGCUGCAGCCAGGUGUACGUGGCCAUCAGCAGUUUCCAGAAUCAUGUGAACCUGGUGCACAGGAAGGGCCGGACCAAAGUCUGUCCUCAUCCAGGCUGCGGGAAGAAGUUUUAUCUGUCCAACCAUCUUCAUCGGCACAUGAUCAUACACUCAGGUGUACGAGACUUUAUAUGUGAGACUUGCGGCAAGUCGUUCAAACGCAAGAAUCAUUUAGAGGUGCACAGACGAACACACACAGGAGAGACGCCGUUACAAUGUGAGAUAUGUGGGUAUCAGUGUCGACAGCGAGCGUCACUCAACUGGCACAUGAGGAAACACACGUCCGAAGCCCACUUCAACUACACGUGUGAGCACUGUGGCAAACGCUUCGAGAAACUCGACAGCGUCAAGUUCCACAAACUUAAAAGCCAUCCAGACAAACAGCCAACCUGAAAGACGCUUAAAAAAAGGGAAAAAAGAGCAUUAGUAUGUUUAUAAAGGCCAUUAAACAAAGUGUUUCUUUAGCAGUAAUUGCAUUUGUGCACUUUUAGUAAAAACUGUUUUGUAAAAAUCAGGACCUGCUUGAUAAAUAAUCGAAUAGAGGACAAAUGGACCUGCAAAAACACAGAGACAUUGAUCCAGAGAAUCAAAACCAUUCGUUUUCUUGUCUGUCUAAAGUGUGUUCUUUUUUUUUUUUUCUUUUUUUUUCUCAUUCCUGUGCUGGACACAGAAAAACAAAACUACUUCUUCUGCUGUCACUGCAUGAACAAACAUAUUAAAAUUUACACCUGUUUUUUUUGUUAAUCCCAUAUUUUAAUCAUACAGUCCAAAUCAGGGUGAUAUAAUUAACAUACAUCUGCUGUACCUCGCAGAAAAACAUACUGCUUCAUAAAACCCUUUAUUUUACAUCCAAUCCACAUGUUUAAAAACUUAUGUUAGGAAAUAACCUUGUAUGUAGCCCGAAAUAUUCCUAUAUUGUCAUAUAUAUUAACAGACAAGCUAUAAUGUAACUUCAGCGGUUGUGCAUUUUCCCCAUACAUUUCAAUUGUACGCACAUAACUGUCAACACAUCAUUUUUUAUGAUUUUCUUUCUUGGUAACACUUUACAAUAAGGUCUCAUUUGUUAAAGGCACAAUAUGUAAGUUUUUUGGAUUAAAAUAUCAGGUGAGCAACUGUUUGGAUACAUUCAUCGACAGAAAACUAAUCAUGUUAUAUAGUUCAACACAGUAAGUCUUAUUGUUUAACGCAGAAUAGCAUUAUAACAACUUUCAACACACAAAUGUGUCUAAUAUGAUAAACAGCGCUGGUUUACCUCACCUACUCAUGACUGGAAGAAGCGGAAGCGCUCGUCUGUGGCAUAAUAAAAGCUCAACUGCUCUAGAGCCGUGUGUUGCACUCGUCUCUAAUUAGCAAUCACUCCAGCGGCUUCGUUCCGAUCCAUACCCUGCUAUAUACUACUACAUACUACUGUUAAUAAAUCUUUAAUACAUUAGCUCAUCCAUGAAUAUGAUUUCUGCCCAAGUCCCGUCAGAUUAUUUCCCACUGGCUAUAGACGUGAAGACAAUAUCUCCCAUGAUUCCGCGAAAUCAAGGCGUCAUCAAGCUACACCUUUGUUUUGAAUAAGCGACCUCUAGUGGUGAAAAAUUACAUAUUGUGCCUUUAACAUUCAUUAUUGUAUUUGUUAACAUGAGCUAAUAAUGCACUAUUUUUAGAGUAUAAAAAAUAUGAAUUAAUCUUUGUUAAUGUUAGUUUAUAAAAAUUAGUGUAAAGCAAUUGUUCAUUGUUUGUGUUCACAGUAAAAAUGUAAUUAAUAAAUAUUGAAAUAAACAGACUAAAAUUAAUGGUAAAACUUUAAAAUCAUUUGUUAACAGAACAAACAAUGAGCAAUAUAUUUUUAAAGCAUUUAUUAAUCUUUGUUAAUGCUAGUAAAAAUCUAAUUGUUCGUAGUUUGUUUGUGUUAGUUCACAGGUCAUUUAGUAAUGUUAACAAAUACGUCUUUGGAUUUUAAAAAUUAAUUACUGAAUGCUGAAAUUAUAAUUGACUAAAGAUUAAUAAAUCCUGUUGAAGUGUUGUCAUUGUUAGUUCAUGUUUACUAAUAUAGUUAACUAACAGAUGAAACCUUAUUGUAAAGAGUUGCCAAAUAAAUAAAUGUAUAAAAUAUUGUUCAAUGUUAGUUCAUGUCAUCUAAUGCAUUUUAACUAUUGUUGAAAAUGAGACCUCACUGUAAAGUGUUACCAGUUUAUUUCUUCUAUUUAACUCAGAAUUUUCCAAACUUUUAGAAUCUUAAGCUGGAAUUUUGUGGUUCAACGCAAUCGAACAUAUAUUUGUUUGUUGUUAUGCAAAUACAUUCUUUCGUUUGUAUAUUAUUUUGGUUCACCUUGGUGCUGUUGAUAAUAUCAACCUUUCCUCCUGCUUAUGAUUGGGUUUUUUCCCUCGGCUCAUUAGUAAGUUAAACGUUAUAUUUCAGCUACCUGAAAGUAUUUUUAAUGUAAAUGUAGACAUGUAAACAUUCCAAAAUACAACAAAUACACAAUCGCUCAGAGUCACGUGCACUAAAACAGGAGUAAAUCUUGCAGCGUAAUCUAAAAUCCUUUAUUGAAAAAGAGCCGAGCACAGCUUCUUGCUCCAUGAAAAGUUGGGAACGCUGUCAUGCUGUUUUAUCAAUGAAGGGAAGUGUUAUCGAAUGCUUCAACUCUCAGGUAUAAAGAAAGUUCCCUUUGUGCCGCGUUCAUUUGAAUUUCUUUGUGUUGUUGUUUUGAUGUAAAUGUUCCGUUUUUGUGCGUCAUGUUUUUCCUACAUUUUUCAAGUCCCUGGUAUGUUUUAUUAAGAGAGAAAGUUUCGCUGCAGUGGAUGAACGAAUUAAAGAGUGACUGAAACCACAAUGGCCUUGUUUGAAGUGUUAUGAAGGCGUUGAGUCAUAACUACACACGCGCCCUUGAGCUGUCAGAAACUGUGACGGCCGCUUGUUUAAUUGGCUGGCUGAAGUUGGGAAAAUGCAGGUUUGUCCACAGAUGGAGCAACAAUGACGUCAAUGUUCCUCUUAAUCCACAUAUUGUACCUGCAUAAUUGACUAAGUAAUGCUUUUAUAAAAGUCAUUCUCUUUUCCUUGUCUUUCCCUUUUUUUGAGCUUUUCAAACCUACUUUUUCAUCUUUCCUUUUGAACAAACUUUGUUCUUAUUUUCUUUAUUCUUAUUCUUUUUGUUGUUGUUGUUGUUGUUGUUUCCUCCAAGAACUGUUUAAUGUAAUUCAAGCUUUCCAUUUUUUUUUUUUUUGCCUUUUCCUUCGGAACUUUUGAAUUUUCUUUUGAUAGUUUUUUUUAGUGCUGUCAAAUCGAUAAAUCAAUAAAAGGUAGAAAGUCAAAGUCAAA